AUGUCCAUCUUGAAAGCCUUUCGUGAAGAGAAAUUGCAAGCCGUAGACAACUUCCUCUUCUUGCUUUGGGACGGAUGCGACAAAGGUAGUGACGUGACUGUUGGAUCUUUGGUCGCCGGCGAUUCCUUGGUGCCUUGUGAGGAGCUGCGCAAGACCGGUGCAUAG